AUGGAACCUGACGUCAGCAUCGAGACCUUGUCGGUCAUCCGGAUCGCCGUCCUCCCGAUCGGCACUAUCCCUCCGGCGCUUCUCCGGGAUUACCACUCGAUGCUGCUACGUCACCAUACGAUCGCGCUCUCUGCUAUCAGCUCCUUCUACACUGAGCACCAGAAAUCUCCGUUCACGAAUCAGCCUUGGGACUCCGGCUCUCUCCGGUUCAAAUUUGUGCUCGGUGGUUCUCCGCCGAGUCCUUGGGAGGAUUUCCAGUCUAACCGGAAGAUGCUCGCCGUGAUCGGCCUUUGUCACUGCCCUUCUUCCCCUGAUCUCAUUUCCGUCGCUGAAAGUUUCAAUGUCGCGUGUAAGAGCUAUUCUUCGGCUCUUGUCCGCCGCUGCUUCGCGUUCUGCCCCGGCGAUUCGCAACUUGAAGAUGGAGACAAGAAGGGUGAAAAUUUGAUUUUGUUUCCUCCGUCUGACAAGCAAACUCAGGAGUUCCAUUUACAAACAAUGAUGCAAGACAUUGCGGCUUCGCUGUUAAUGGAAUUUGAGAAGUGGGUUCUACAGGCGGAAUCUGCAGGCACAAUUUUGAAGACGCCUUUGGAUUCCCAAGCUAGUCUCAACUCAGAGGAGGUUAUCAAGGCCAAAAAGCGUAGGCUGGGACGUGCACAAAAAACUAUAGGAGACUAUUCCUUGCUGGCUGGUUCACCUGUUGAUGCCAAUGCUCACUAUUCCACUGCUCUGGAACUGGCCAGAUUGACAGGAGAUUACUUCUGGUAUGGGGGUGCCUUGGAAGGCAGUGUUUGUGCCUUACUGGUAGAUCGGAUGGGUCAACGGGAUAGUGCUUUAGAAGAUGAAGUUAAAUAUCGAUACACUAAUGUGAUCUUACACUACAGAAAGUCAUUUAUUCAAGAAAUUUCUCAGAGAGUUUCGCCUCUAAGCUUUGAACUCGAAGCUACCCUUAAACUGGCCAGAUUCCUUUGCAGGAGAGAACUGGCUAAGGAAGUAGUAGAGCUGUUAACAAAUGCUGCUGAUGGUGCAAAGUCUCUAAUUGAUGCCAGUGAUAGGCUCAUAUUAUAUGUUGAAGUAGCUCGUUUAUUUGGAGCACUUGGUUAUCAACGGAAAGCAGCCUUCUUCUGUAGGCAGGUCGCCCAAUUGUAUUUGCAGCAAGACAAUCGAUUGGCGGCUAUCAGUGCCAUGCAAGUUCUCUCCAUGACAACCGAUGCAUAUAGAAUCCAAAGUAGAGCAUCCGUGUCAAAAGUUUCUGUUAACAAUGAAACUGGAUUGCGUCAACCUGAUGCUGGGAAAAUGCAUCAUCAUUCCAUUGUCUCCCUGUUUGAGUCUCAGUGGAGCACUUUGCAGAUGGUUGUGCUUAGGGAGAUACUCCUCUCUGCUGUUCGCGCUGGAGAUCCCCUUGCUGCAUGGAGUGCUGCAGCGAGGCUUCUGAGGUGGCAUUAUCCUCUAAUUACACCUUCAGGUCAAAAUGGACUUGCUAAUUCCCUUGCAAAUUCAGCGGAUAGAUUGCCUUCGGGAACUCGCUGUGCUGACCCUGCCUUGCCAUUUGUAAGGCUAUUCUCUUUCCCCCUCCAUUCCUCUCAAGUGGACAUCGUAAAACGCAAUCCAGCAAGAGAGGAUUGGUGGACAGGAUCUGCUCCUUCGGGGCCAUUUAUCUAUACUCCUUUCAGCAAAGGAGAUGCCAACGAAAGUAGCAAGCAGGAACUGAUUUGGGUGGUUGGGGAACCAGUUCAGGUCUUAGUGGAGUUAGCAAAUCCAUGUUGCUUCGAUUUAAGGGUUGAUAGUAUUUAUCUCUCAGCUCACUCAAAAAACUUCGAUGCGUUUCCUGUCAGUGUGGACAUUCCCCCUAACUCCGCAAAGGUGAUCACGUUAUCUGGUAUACCAACAGCAGUAGGACCAGUGACAAUCCCGGGCUGCACAGUUCACUGCUUUGGUGUAAUCACUGAACAUGUCUUCAGGGAUGUUGACAAUCUGCUUCUUGGAGCAGCACAAGGGCUCGUAUUUUCUGACCCUUUCAGAUCCUGUGGAUCUGCAAAGCUACGGCAUGUAUUUGUUCCUAACAUUUCAGUUGCACCGCCAUUGCCCCUCCUUGUGGCUAAUGUUGUCGGUGGUGAUGGUGCGAUUAUUCUGUAUGAAGGUGAAAUCCGUGAGGUGUGUAUAAAUUUUGCAAAUGCUGGCACAGUUCCAAUAGAGCAGGCACAUGUCUCGCUCUCUGGAAAGAAUCAGGAUGCUGUUAUCUCUAUAGCGGAUGAAGCUUUACAGUCUGCUCUUCCCUUGAAACCCGGGGCACAAGUGACUCUGCCUGUGACUUUAAAAGCUUGGCAUGUUGGACCAGUAGAUUCGGACAAUGGUAUUAGCAGUAGCAGGAACGCUGCGGGUAAUGCAGGAAGACCAAAAGAUGGAACCAGCCCUUCAUUGCUUAUUCACUAUGCAGGGCCGUUGUCUAACAAUGGAGACGCCCAGGAUAAAGAAUCUGUCGUGCCACCGGGUAGACGUCUUGUUGUCCCGUUACAAAUAUGUGUUUUGCAAGGCUUGUCUUUUGUGAAAGCUCGUUUGCUAUCCAUGGAAAUCCCUGCACAUGUGAGUGACAACCUUCGGGAUGAAGACACUGAAACAGAGAGCAAUACAGACAGACUUGUCAAGCUAAAUCCCUUUAGGGGAAGCUGGGGCUUACGGUUUCUUGAACUCGAGUUAUCUAACCCAACAGACGUUGUUUUUGAAAUCAGCGUCUUCGUCCAGCUGGAAAAUCCUGCCAAGGAAGGUGAUUCUUCCCCAGUCCAAGAUUCUCCAGAGUACGAGUACCCAAAAACAAGAAUCGACCGAGACUAUUCUGCUAGGGUGCUAAUUCCAUUGGAGCAUUUCAAGCUACCGGUUCUCGACGGUUCGUUCUUCACAAAGGACCCUCAGCCUGGUGGUAGCCCUACAAGUAGUAGACAUCCGAGCUUCUCAGAGAAGAACACGAAAGCUGAGAUAAAUGCUUUGAUCAAGAACCUCAUCUCUAAGAUAAAAGUCAGGUGGCAAUCGGGAAGGAACAGCUCCGGAGAACUGGACAUAAAGGAUGCAAUUCAGACGGCUCUCCAGACGACCGUGAUGGAUGUUUUGCUCCCAGAUCCGCUAACAUUUGGUUUCAGACUGGUCAGAAACGGUUCGGAGACAGAUUCUGAGAUAAAGGCCGAGUCACCGUCGUCAAAGGGAUCAGUUCUGUCACAUGAAGUCACUCCUAUGGAGGUUCUGGUGCGCAAUAACACAAGCGAAGCAAUCAAGUUGAAUCUAAGUGUUACUUGCAGAGACGUAGCUGGGCAAAACUGCGCUGAAGGAGCUGAUGCCACUGUCCUCUGGGCUGGUGCACUGAGUGGGAUUUCAAUGGAAGUAGCGCCGCUGCAAGAAGCAAGACACAGUUUCUCACUCUACUUCCUUGUUCCUGGUGAGUACACGAUGGUUGCAGCGGCUGUGAUUGAAGAUGCGAACAAUGUGCUCAGAGCACGAGCACGAACGGCGUCUCCAAACGAGCCCAUCUUUUGUCGUGGACCGCCUUUUCAUGUCCGUGUCGCUGGAGGGGCACUGUGA